UUGUCCUUCGAAAAUGUUAUAAAGUUCCCAUUAAAACGAGAUAAGGGGAGAGUACACUGAUUCUGAAAAUGGCGUCCAUUGAGUCUUUCUCUUCGAUUUUCUCGUCUACCGCGAUGAAAUUUCCUUCUCCGAAGCUCUCUCAUAUGGCCGUAUCCACAACGAGGUUCCCUUCUAUCUCAGUCGCUCCAAUGGCCUCGGCACAUCUAAUGGCAGCCACUACGAAGCACUCUGCUAAACCCACGAAAACCAUUUCUGUUGUACCACCACCAACCCCAACUUCCCACACAAACUCAACCACCACAACUUCUGUUCCUACCAAAAAGGUGCUGGUACCAGUCGGGCAUGGUACCGAAGAAAUGGAAGCUGUUAUCAUUGUAGACGUUCUCCGCCGAGCUGGUGCGGAUGUCACGGUGGCCUCAGUGGAACCGCAGCUCGAGGUUGAAGCUUCAGGCGGUACAAAAUUGGUAGCUGACACCUCCAUUAAGACCUGUUCCAAUCAAGUUUUCGAUCUAGUUGCUUUGCCGGGAGGAAUGCCGGGCUCGGCCAGAUUAAGAGACUGUGAAAUUCUGAAAGAAAUUACAAGCGAACAUGCCAGGAAAAAUAGACUUUAUGGAGCAAUAUGUGCUGCUCCAGCUGUAACUCUUCUACCAUGGGGCCUUCUAAAAAGAAAGCAGACAACCUGCCACCCUGCAUUCAUGGACAAGCUUCCGACUUUCUGGGCAGUCAAGUCGAAUAUCCAGGUUUCUGGAGGGCUUACAACAAGCCGGGGACCUGGAACUUCUUUUGAAUUUGCCAUUUGCCUCGUGGAGCAGUUAUUUGGGGAGUCUGUGGCCAGAGAAGUUGGAGAAUUAAUGAUGGUUUGUGCUUCAGACAAUGAAUCAAGAAAGGAAGAAUUCAACACAGUGGAUUGGUCUGUUGACCACAUCCCUCGUGUUCUUAUUCCAAUUGCUAAUGGUUCUGAAGAGAUUGAAGUGGUAACUAUUGCCGAUAUUUUAAGAAGAGCUAAGGUGGAUGUUGUAGUAGCUUCAGUUGAGAAAUCCCUGAAGAUUAAAGCAUCUCAAGGAACCAGGAUAGUUGCUGACAAGUUGAUUCGGGAAGCUUCUGAGUCAAUAUUCGAUUUAAUUAUUCUCCCGGGAGGAAUCGCUGGGGCUGAGCGACUUGGCAAAUCAAGGAUUCUAAAGAAAUUGCUCAAAGAACAGAAACUGGCUGGAAGAAUUUAUGGAGCAGCAUGUUCCUCACCACAAAUUUUGCAUAAACAGGGUUUACUGAAGGAUAAGAAAGCGACAGCCCAUCCAUCUAUUUUAAGCUCACUCGCCAAUGUAGUCAACGGAACCAAAGUGGUUAUCGAUGGUAAACUGAUUACAAGCCGGGGACUAGCCACAGUAACAGAGUUCACAUUAGCUAUAAUAAGUAAGCUUUUUGGUCAUGCAAGGGCAAGAAGUGUGGCAGAGGGCCUUGUGUACGAGUACCCCAGAAGCUAAAAAGUGAUAGGGUGUCAAGUUCUGUAAAUGGAGCACAAUGUUCUCAUCAAGAGUAUAGAACUUGAUCACCUGUGUAAGGGUGAAGACCUUCAUACUUCGUGGUUGGGGAAAUAUAAGCAGAGGCAGAGUGGACCCUUGUUACAUUUGAGUUUGAUUUUACGAUAAAGGGGUUCACUGAUUGUUCUUUCCUUUCCCUUUCCAUUGUAAGUGUUAUUUUUGUCGUGCAUUGUUUUUCUUGUUAUGACACUGAAAGCCUAGUAGUACGUGAAUUCUUUUUUAGCA